AUGGCUGACUCUGCUGAUUCCGCUGCCUGGCCGCUGGCUGAUGCCACCCUAGCACAGGAGAUCUUCGACCUAUUGCAGCAGGCGACCCACUACCGCCAGGUGAAAAAGGGCGCAAACGAAGCCACGAAGUCUCUAAACCGCGGCACGUCCGAGAUUGUCAUUCUCGCCAGCGACGCGACACCGCUCGCGAUUCUGAUGCAUCUCCCGCUCCUCGCCGAGGACAAGAAUGUCCCCUACGUGUUCGUGCCUGGGAAAAUCGCAAUGGGUCGCGCCUGCGGUGUGAGCCGACCUAUUAUCGCGGCCAGUAUCUCUUCCAACGAGGCUAGUGACCUGGCUCCGCAGAUUAGGCGGCUUAGGGAGAAGGUAGAGCGACUUGCCAUUUAA